GCAGUGCAAGCAAAUCAGCUGAACAACCCCAGGUAUUCACAACGAAGAUUGACUCGCCACGAGCUUCAUUUUUACUUUAUGGACCUCAAAUAUAAGUAAAUUUCGAAAGGCGACUCAUAAAGUACUUAUUAUAGUACUCUUGACGUCCUACGAAAUCCCUCCAUGGGUUUGUACGUAGCAAACAAUAUACGUACUACAGCAUACAGUGAAUUUAAUAGUUUGCAAAUACUGUGCAACCAUGCAGCUGUCCAGCCGCCAGCGAAGGGUCCACGCUAACUCCACGCUAGCCAUUAAAAUAGCGUCAAAGCUCUGCGAUACAAUGGCUACGUACCUCUGUACCCCGUUACACGUACAACUAAAGACCCUCUGAACAAAGCCGCGUCUUUGUAGCUGACAUUUACCAAACAUCCAUUUUACAACAACGCUCGAAAAUGGAUCGUAGUCUUGAUGAGAUCGUCGCUGAGUCUCAGCAUAAGAAGCGAGGCUCUAGACCUCGUCGAGGCGGAGGAGGAGGCGGCGGUGGUGGUGGUGGUAGUGGUGGACGACCUCGUGAGCGUGACACUUUUCCUCGCGACGGUGUAAGAAAGUCAACCCGAGAUGAUUCGAGAAACAUGGAUUCUGAAUGGGUUCACGACAAAUUCGACGAGCCUGGCUCUCGUAGCCGUCAGCGAAACCCACGACGUCGACCUUCUCCAGAACGAUUUCAAGAGACUCGUGGAGUUAAGGUCAAGGUAGACAACUUGCACUAUGAGCUUACGGAGGACGACCUCGACGGCUUGUUCAACAAGAUAGGUCCUGUUGUGAAGCUGGAGUUGCUGUACGACCGUGCUGGACGCUCAGAAGGCACAGCCUUCGUUACCUACGAGACCCGUGAAGAUGCGAUGGAGGCAAUCAAGCAGUACGAUGGCGCCAAUGCCAAAGGUCAGCCAAUCCGUCUAUCGACCGUGUCCUCGGCUCCUCGCCGCAACCCAUUCGACACCGCAUACAUGCCAGGUCGUCCGUUAGCCGAGCGCAUAACUCGCCCUCGUUCUCUGUCGCCUCGACGCAACUCGGAGAGGGACAGAGGUGUUGACCGCUACGUGCCUGGCCGUGUCAGUCGGUCGCGCAGCCCUCUGCCUCGUCGACGUGCUGGCGGAAGACGACCCGGAGCUCGACGUGAAGGAGGCACGAGCACACCCAACGGCCGAGAGCGAACUGGCCGGGACGGACGUCCCAAGAAGACGCAGGAGGAGCUCGAUGCCGAGAUGGCGGACUACUUCAACCCCAGUGGAAGCAAUGACGCACCCCCGGCGGCACAGACAAGCGGUGAUGCUCCGGUCGGCGAUGUGGAUAUGAUCGAGUAAAUCGGACCGGUGGAUGGUUAUUUAUUACAUGGUAAACACAUGAUUGCUUGUACGGAGUAUUAAGAUGGGUCAACAAGAGUGCUUUAAGUCCGAUUUUCAUAUAUUUGGUCUCAUGCUAGGCAAAUAAAAUCUUCCUGGCUCUCUAUCUGCUGUUCGACUAGCCCCUGAGUGCAGCUGCAGUCUCAUGAGCAGAUCACGAUCGUAGUUAACUUCGACUCCUUGUAUCUGAUCUUUCUAAUCCACCUUUGCUAUUUUGAAGCGGUAUCAUAUUAGGAGCUAUGCCAUCGUAGUUCUAGAUCUAGAUCUAU